AUGGCUACAUCAGAAUUAGAAAAAGAUCCAUUCUACCUCCGAUACUACACAGGACAUCAAGGAAUGCAUGGACAUGAAUUCUUAGAAUUCGAAUAUGCUCAUGGUCGAAUUAGAUAUGCCAAUAACUCAAAUUACAGGAAUGAUAGUUUAAUCAGAAAAGAAAUGUUCGUCGGUCCUGUUGUAGUGGAGGAACUGAAGAGGAUUGUACGAGAAAGUGAAAUCACAAAGGAAGACGACGUAGCUUGGCCUAAAAAGAAUGUAGUGGGCAAACAAGAACUGGAAGUCAGAAUAGAUAAAGAACAUAUUUCAUUUGAGACCGCAAAAAUCGGAUCUUUAGCAGAUGUAAAUGAAUCUUCAGAUGCUGAGGGUUUAAGAGUAUUCUACUAUCUCGUCCAAGAUCUCAAGUGUUUCAUAUUCUCUCUUAUCACCCUUCACUUCAAGAUCAAGCCUAUCCAACAAUAA